GACACAUAUAACCGCGUUCCCCGGGGCCGGGCUCGCAGCGGAGGACGCCCGGGCUGGAAGUGCGGCCGGGGCCCGAAGGUCAGUUAAGGGAGCGGCAAGAAAGAAGCCGAGGUAGCCAGAAACCCCGCAGGACGCCCCCUUGCGCAGCGAGAAGCGCAGUUUUGGGUUCCGUGAAAAGAACGCCAGGGUCGGGCUUUUCCUCGAAAGCCCUCCCGUGCCCUCGGCUUCCGGAGACAAAGAGCACGAGAGGACGAGCACGCUGGGGGCGCUGGGGCCGGCCAUGGUCAUGGAGGUGGGCGCCCUGGACGUCGGCGGCCUGCGGGCGCUGCUGCGGGAGCGCGCGGCGCAGUGCCUGCUGCUGGACUGCCGCUCCUUCUUCGCCUUCAACGCGGGCCACAUCGCGGGCUCGGUCAACGUGCGCUUCAGCACCAUCGUGCGGCGCCGGGCCAAGGGCGCCAUGGGGCUGGAGCACAUCGUGCCCAACGCCGAGCUGCGCGGCCGCCUGCUGAGCGGCGCCUACCACGCCGUGGUGCUGCUGGACGAGCGCAGCGCCGCCCUGGACGGCGCCAAGCGCGACGGCACCCUGGCUCUGGCCGCCGGCGCGCUGUGCCGCGAGGCGCGCGCCGCGCAAGUCUUCUUCCUCCAAGGAGGAUAUGAAGCAUUUUCGGCUUCCUGCCCGGAGCUAUGCAGCAAACAGUCGACCCCCAUGGGGCUCAGCCUUCCCUUGAGUACGAACGUCCCCGACAGUGCCGAAUCGGGGUGCAGUUCCUGCAGCACUCCACUCUAUGAUCAGGGUGGCCCUGUGGAGAUCCUGCCCUUUCUGUACCUGGGCAGUGCCUAUCACGCUUCCCGAAAGGAUAUGCUGGAUGCCUUAGGCAUCACUGCCUUGAUCAACGUCUCAGCCAAUUGUCCCAACCAUUUUGAGGGUCACUACCAGUACAAGAGCAUCCCUGUGGAGGACAACCACAAAGCAGACAUCAGCUCCUGGUUCAAUGAGGCGAUCGACUUCAUAGAUUCCAUCAAGAAUGCCGGAGGAAGGGUGUUUGUCCAUUGCCAGGCAGGCAUUUCCCGAUCGGCCACCAUCUGCCUCGCUUACCUCAUGAGGACUAACCGAGUCAAGCUGGAUGAGGCCUUUGAGUUUGUGAAGCAGAGGAGAAGCAUCAUCUCCCCCAACUUCAGCUUCAUGGGCCAACUGCUGCAGUUUGAGUCCCAGGUCCUGGCCCCACACUGCUCAGCUGAGGCUGGGAGCCCCGCCAUGGCUGUGCUGGACCGAGGCACCUCCACCACCACUGUCUUCAAUUUCCCUGUCUCCAUUCCUGUCCACCCCACGAACAGUGCGUUGAGCUACCUUCAGAGCCCCAUUACGACCUCUCCCAGCUGCUGAAAGGCCAUGGGAGGGAAUCUUCGCAGCCCACCGGGACUCCAGGCUCCUCCUUGGGAGGAGACAUGCAAUAACUCCAAGGAGGGGGCUCAGGGGGCUGGUCCUUAUUUAUUUAAUUUCACCCGAGUUCCACUGGGUUCCUAGGCAAUCACAGUGGUGACUUAGCGUCAACGCAUUUGCUGAACUCGGCACAUUCGGGACCAAUAUGUAGUGGGUUCAUAAGCCCCUCUGACAAAAGGGGACAGAAGAGAAAGGUCUCAGCAUGUGAGCUGAUUUCUUUUUCCUUGCCCUGGUUGGAUUUUUGGUAGAAACUCUUCAUGCUUGACAUACCUUCCAGUAUUACCAUUCCCGACGACACAUAUACAUAUGCGAAUACACCUUAUUUAUUUUGUGUAGGUGGUCUGCCUCCACAAAUGUCAGUGUCUACUCCUAGAAGAACCAAAUACCUCAAUUUUUGUGUUUGAGUACUGUACUACCCUGUAAAUAUCGUCUAAGCAGGUUUGUUUUCAGCACUGAUGGGAAGCACCAGUGUUGGUUUUUUUUUUUUUUUUCAGUUGCCAACAGUUGUAUGUUUGCUGAUUAUUUAUGACCUGAAAUAAUAUAUUUCUUCUUCUAAGAAGACAUUUUGUUACACAAGGAUGACUUUUUUAUACAAUGAAUAAAUUAUGGCAUUUCUAUUGAAA